AGGAGGAGGAGGAGGGGGUAGGGAAGCGGUGAAAUGAGGAGCUGAAGAGAAAGGUGUGGCUCUGUACCGUGUGCGGUGCUGCUGCGGCGGAGCCCCGUAUCGGUACCGCGGAGCGGGCAGAAGCGGAGAGGAAACGCGCACCGAGGGUGUCUUGCUCCGCCUCAGCUGUCAUGGCAUCAGCGGCCCCCCAGAAGAGGAUGGUAUCAUCUGUCUUCAUCACUCUGGCAUCUCCGCACCGUGCCACCGUCACUCCGCAUGCCACGCUGAGUGACUCGCGCGGCUCUGCUGUCACCGUGACCGGCUCUGGGAAAUCCUCGCUCGGCGCCCCCAGACUUGGCCCUCCCACAGCCCCCAAAGCCCAAACUGCUGUGCCGUAUAGCCACGCCCCUACUACAUCGCAGGCCACGCUUCCUGUCUCACACAGCCACACUCCCUCUGCAUCACAAGCCACACCCCCCAUAUCACAUAGCCAUGCCCCUGCCACAUCACAAGUCACACCCCCUACAUCACAUGGCCGCACCCCCACACCAAAAGCACCACCUCCAACACAAUCCAAGCCCAUCUUUGCCCCCUCACAAGUCCCACCUCCACCACCAUCCAGCCCCACCCUCACCACGCCGAAACAGCCUUUCCACUCAAUGCACCAGGGGGUUCUGCCCCCAUCCUUGGGCAGCGGUCUGCCCUCCACGGCACAUGGGCAGAAGGCUGCACUGGACAGAGAGAGACCAGUGGAAGACAUUCCCCCCCCACCUCCGCCUCCACUGCCUUUCCUGGGCGCAGAGCCGUAUGCGGACGCUGAGCCCCCCCUGCCUCCCCCACCGCCCAUCGACCCAUUGCCACCCCCUCCCCUUCCUGUCAGUCAGUCUGAAGCCCCCCUGUCUUCACCCCAAAUGAAGCCUGUGCCUGGACCUCAGUAUGGGGAGACGGCGCCACCUGCUGGUCAAAGCCAGAACAACCAGACUCCAAGAAACGAGGACCUCAAGGAUGAUGCGGAGGGCAAAGACGUGUGUGGAUUUUGCCGGAAACCAGUGGCCCUCAGCGAGGCCGCCAUUCAGGCCCUGAACAGGACAUACCACGCAGGCUGCUUCCAGUGCAGGCAGUGUUUCCUGCCCCUGGCUGGACAGCUUUACUACAACAAGGCAGGGAUUCCACUGUGUGAAGCCUGUUACCAGGCCAGCCUGGAGCAGUGUUGGGCGUGCGGGGAGACCAUCAAGGAGCAGGUGAUGCGGGCCCUGGGACGGGCAUACCACCCCCCCUGCUUCGUAUGCAGCACGUGCAGCCGGCCGCUCGGAGAAGAGAGGUUUGCCCAGGGCGAGGUCGGGGAAGUCUACUGCCUCGCUGACUACUACAGGAAAUAUGCGCCGUGUUGCAGUGCCUGCCAGCAGCUCAUUGUGCCUGCAGAUGAUGGACGGGACAGCUACACUGUGGAGUGUUUGGGCCACACCUUUCAUGAGGACUGCUACCGAUGCGAGACCUGCCAAGUGUUACUCUCUCCGGAGCCGAAUGACCAAGGCUGCUACCCUCUGGAUGGAAAGAUGCUCUGCAAGCCUUGUCACCUGACCCUGGUGCAGGAAAGCCAGGGUUAGGGGCAGAUCUCCUCCACUCCACUGGAUGGCGCUGAAGAGGGUCAAGGCUGAGUGGAGGAGGAGUACGACCAAAAUGCGGCUUUUGGUGGGGGUGAACUGGAGUUUGAGGGAUGUCCGUGUGUGUAUGUCAGAUGUGGGAAUGUUUGACUUUUUCAAAAGAUGAUUCAGUCUGCUAAAGACCAAAAGUAUUUUACUACACUCUGUGUAUUUCAGUCGUUUUUCAUUUCUACUUGACAAGUGUAAUAUUUCAUUUAUAAUUGAUAAUUGGUCUUAUAUGCAACUCUUCCUUAAAUGCACCUGACUCUGAAAUGUGCCAAAGAUUUCUAUUAAAAUCCUUCCUUUGUCUCACUCACUCAUUAUGUGGUUAAACUGUGUCACCAUUCUAUAACAUGUUAAGUAAUGGAUGAAUAAAGUCAUAUUUUGAAUGUU